AUGGCAGCCCAAGGCAAGAGAAAAGCCCUUGUUCUCUCGCAGAACGAAGAGCAGGCUACAACCAGCUCUACAACUUCAAAGAAGUCCAAAAAAUGUCCAAAAAACAAGGUUUGGACAUCUGAGCAAGUGGAACUUGUUUUGAGGUACAUAAAAGAUUACAAAACGAAGUGCGACUUCAAUGGAAUAGAUUUCGAAGCGGACCUAGCUUCCAUGUAUACGGAAAUACGUCGUUGCAUGGCCGUCGAUUUCCCAGACGAUUUUGGCCCUGAAGUUGUUACUGAGCCCACGAAAUCACUUAAAGAGAUGAGUGAGGAACAAUAUGAAGCUUUCAAGAGACAACGCGAUACUGAACGAUCUCAGACCAAGAAAGGUUACGACAGAGUGAAAGAGAAGAUAAGAAACGUCAGGCAAGAUUUCCACACAGCAGUAAACAAAGGAACAAGAAGCGGUAGUGGGAAAAUUGUGCAAGAAAAUUUUGAGCUGUUGUCUGAAAUAUGGGGUGGCUCGCCCACUACAACGUCCUUAUCCUUUGGAAUUGAUGCAGAUUUAUUAGGAAGAGACAAAAGUUUGGAAAUGGAUGUUUAAAGCCCUGAAGGUAUUUAUUUGAGCCUUGCUUUAUUGAACUUUUUCACCUAGGAAGAACGAUUGAACCCCUCCCCCUCCCUUGUUGAGGACUUGCCUUUUUGUCUUAACCCUGAAGAAUUCAAUAAAAUUGAAUUCCUCCUGAAGACUUCCACAGAUUAUGGAAAUACCACUUAAGAAUUCUCAUUUGCUUUCUCUACCCGUAGGAAAUCCCUGUUUUGAUGAGUAAUUUGCUGCUGAUUAUGAAUGGGACUGAAGUUGGUACAAAAGAAAUAAUGCUUCUUUCAGUUGUUUAUUUAUUAAAAGGAAUAGAAAUGAUAUUUUUAAAACCACAAAAAAUAAUUCUUCAAAGCUAUUUUACAUCCUGUUUAACUUCUGUCUAAUUAUGUAUAAAAACAUAUUGGUUUCAGAUUCAUCAACUCCAGAUUCACCUAAUACUGCCAUUGAAGGUCAGACUAAAGAAACUUUUGAACCAUCAACUGAUCAGAAACCUAAAGGUGUGACUGUCUCCAACAUCCCAAAGUUAGUUGACAAUAAGAGAAGGCACAUGGAGAAAACCCUAUCCCAGGCACAACGAGACCAGCUGUUGAUGAAUACUGCCAAAGAAGACCUUCUUAUGAAGAGAGAAAUGGUGAAGUCUUUUGAACAAUGA